AUGACAUUCAGAAUAGUGAUUAGAAGUUUACAAAACCUGAGUUAUAUUGGCAGUUAUAAAAAAGUCAGAAAUACACCUAUCAAAAUAUACUGUGCAGCACUAGUAGGUGCAGGAUGCAUAGCGUACGACAAAUACAAGAGAGACAGGGCAGAAAUGAAAGAAAUAAUCCAGCUCAAGAACUACAUGGCCGACCCAAUCACACCUGUAGCUCAGCUGGAACGAACCCAAGAUCAAAUGAAAACACAAAUGGAACUACUCAUUAUGAGGAUACAAGCUGAGUUUUGUAGGGCUCUCGAGGCAGAGGAGGAUAAAGCUUGGCAAGAUGAAAAAACUGUGGAUGAUUAUGACUUUGAUGAAGAUGUAUAUUUGACAUUUCCGGACGCAAAGUUCAAAGUAGACCGAUGGAUACGCAAAGAGGGAGGUGGUGGCAUCACAUGCGUCCUGCAAGAUGGCAGGGUGUUUGAGAAGGCCGGUGUCAACAUUUCCGUGGUGUCUGGCAACUUGCCGCCUGCUGCCGUACAACAGAUGCGUAGUAGAGGCAAAGCUCUUCAGAAUGAUAAUUUACCAUUCUUCGCUGCGGGAGUGAGUGCUGUUAUCCACCCGCGCAACCCCAUGGUACCCACCAUACAUUUCAACUAUAGAUACUUUGAAGUCGAGGAUAAAGACGGAGUGCAGUGGUGGUUCGGCGGAGGCACGGACCUGACGCCGUACUACCUGAACGAGGACGACGCCGUCCACUUCCACCAGACCCUCAAGCUCGCGUGCGACGCCCACGACCAAACAUACUACGCCAAAUUUAAGAAAUGGUGCGACGACUACUUCACCAUCCCGCACCGCGGCGAGAGGCGGGGCGUGGGCGGUAUAUUCUUCGAUGACAUCGACUAUCCCAGCCAGUGGGCCGCCUUCAACUUCGUCACGUCCUGUGCUGAGGCUGUUAUACCGAGCUAUCUGCCCAUAGUUCAGAAACACAAAGACGACGCGUACGGUUACUACGAGCGCCAGUGGCAGCUGCUGCGGCGCGGGCGCUACGUCGAGUUCAACCUAAUCUACGACCGCGGCACCAAGUUCGGUCUACACACGCCUGAAGCCAGAUACGAGUCCAUACUCAUGUCCCUGCCGCUCAAUGCAAAAUGGGAGUACAUGCACCAACCGAAACCCAAUUCCCCAGAAGAAGAAUUACUGAAAGUACUAAGGGAACCCAGGGACUGGCUCAAUUUAGAAAAAUCUAAGAAAUCAACAGUAUAA